AUGGUGAAGUCUUUGAUUGCUUUCAUUCUGUACAUCUGUGCUUGGCUUUCUGCAGCCCCUAGAUGUUCGGCUAGGGAAAUAUUUGAAGCGUCAGAAAUCGAUAGAAGCAUCGUGAAACCUCUGGAAGGAAAACAGGUUUUGGAUCAGGCCGUCCGAAGAAAUGGGCGGGUGGUGAUUGGACAAUGGGGCAGUGGGGAGCUUGCCGUCCCAAAGGGAGCCAACCUCACUAGCAAGUACUUAGUAGAGGUCAUAACAGUAGCGUGGUCAGCAGCGAUGGUUGCCAUUGACGAUGAUUGCUGCCCGUAA